UAUGCGCUCCUCACGUUUGGAAUCACGGGCGGGCACCACCGCUACUUUUCGCACCGCUCGUACCGGACGAGCCGCCCCUUCCAGUUCGCCAUCGCCCUGCUCGGCUCGCUCGCGUGGCAGCGCGGGCCCAUCUGGUGGAGCUCGCACCACAACCACCACCACCUGCACUCGGACACCGGCAGGGACCCGCACUCGCCCGUCACCGGCUCGUGGCUCUGGUCGCACAUGGGCUGGUACUGGGCGUCGGCGGAGCACGACCCGCCCCUCGACAAGUUUGCGCGGACCUGGCGCUCGUUCCCCGAGCUCGCCGCCCUCGACAAGCUCCACUUUGCGCCCGGCCUGCUGCUGGCGGCGUCGCUGUACGCGUGCGGAGGCGGCGGCGCGCUGCUGUGGGGUUUCGUCGUGCCGGUCACCUGCUGCUGGAACAGCAUCUUCGCGAUCGGAUCGCUCUGCCACGGCGACCUCGGAGGCGGCACCCGCCGCUUCGAGACGGGCGGCGCGGACACCUCCACCAACGUGUGGUGGGUCGCGAUGCUGACUCUCGGCGACGGAUGGCGCCCCCCCCCCUUUUUGCCCUCCCGUCGCCCUUCCCCCCCCCUCCCUCCCACCGCCGCCUCCGCACUCGCCAGGCACAACAACCACCACGCCUUCCGGUGGAGCGCGCGGCAGGGGCUGGCCGCGCACGAGCUCGACGCCACCUACGCCGCGCUGCGCGCGCUCGAGACGCUCGGCCUCGUGUGGGAUCUCAAGGUGCCGUCCGCG